UUUAUCCUAUAACAUUUACUAUUUGUAGACUGAUAUUAAAAUGUUAACUAAAAGGUUCAUUUUAAAACAAAGUAAUAUUUUUGUCUACAUAGAAAUUAAAACGGAAUCUAUGAGUGUUAACCUUUUAUAAAAAUAUUUUGCUAGUAUAAAGUAUGAAACAAAGUAAACUACUUAAAACCAGGGGUGGACUGAGAAUAAAAAUUGGACAGGGAAACAGAAAUUUUGGCCCAAUUUUGGGCUUUCAAUAAAAUAUUUGUAAGUUAUCAACCCAAAUGUGCGCAAGGCCCAGGUGGGGUUCGUUCACCCGUGACCCUAGUCAGUUCGGUCCUGCUUAAUGCUAGUUGUUUUAAUUUGUGAUUGUACAAAAUACGACAGUCACAAGCACAGUCGUCCAUAACAUUUAUAAAUGUUGCUGAGUACAAUCAAAUGAUCAGCAAAUUUGUUUAAGAAAAUUAUUAAUAGUCUGAGCAUAGUAAAAUACCCAUAUACAGUAGGAUGCAGUGGUCUUUAUAUAGAUUAGACUUGUGACCCAAUUUAGUUAUUAUUUAUUUUUUGCAUGUAAUAAAAAAUAAAAUCUGAUUGAUAAACUAUAACGUUUUAUAUGUAUGAAGGCAGACCAAUUUUCUAUAAUUAGUUAAUUAAUAUUAUAAUUAUAUAUUUAUGUUAUUUAUAUUUACUUCAUACAGUAGGGUAUAAUCAGUGGCGUGCCCAAGGGGGGGGGAGGUUAGGGGUUAUAUCCCCCCCCAUUGGAUUUUUUUUGUUAACUUCAACUUAUUAGAUAUUACCAUAGACGUAUACAAUCAUUUAUAUAUGGAUAUGGAUAUUACUUUUAAAAUUAUCAGUAAUAAGUUAUUGCUUACAAAUUAUUUCCCAUUGGCUAUUAUAAACAUUCACUAUACGGAUUAUACUGAUUAUAGAUGGAUCAUGCUAAUCACGUAUACUAAAAAUAUAAGGUCUAUGGCACGGACUAAGAUAUACAGGACUGGAAACGACGGCGUUAUCAAUGGAACCAAUGUACAACGCUAGUUGGUACAACGUCGAUCUUAACGCCAUCUAGGCUUAUAAUAGUUGCCAAUAGAUGGCAGAGCGGUCGCGGUUGUACCGGCGUCAGAAAGGCACCGUUGUACAUUUGGCCCAGACCCCGCACUCCGCCAGCUCAUUCGUUUCCAGUCCUGUAUAUCUUAGUCCGUGGUCUAUGGGUAAAUCAGUGGUUACCAAUCACUAAUCAGAUAUAAAUUAUCAGCUACUUCAAUGACCAGUUCUUAUCUCUCAGUAGAUCAUAAUAUAAUUGUGAUAUUCUAUUAAUAGCUAAAAUACUCUAUUAUUGUUACUUUGUGAUAAUACCAAUUGCAGUGAUAGUAUACACUAUACCUACAUACAACAUACUUACAAACAUUUUUAUUUAUUCUAUUUUUUAAGUAUUUGACAUUUAACAAUUUUACGUUCUUUUAUUUAUAAUGGCAAAACGUGAUGGAUCGAUUAUGUCAUUUUUGUCAAAGAAACCUAAAGCUGAUCAGAAGCAUGUUUAGAAACUGUAUCGAGUACAAAUAUACAAGCAAUUAAAUCAACUUCUCAUCAAUCAUAUUUAUCACCAGAUAGAAAAAGAUUGGAUGUAGUGGCCAACAGUCAAGAACAUCCAAAACUUUCUGGAGUUGGAGCCGCAUUAGAAAUGAAACAUUUAUGGGAAGAGUUUAACGAGCUCGGUACAGAAAUGAUCGUCACCAAAGCUGGCAGAAGAAUGUUCCCUACAUUCCAAGUCCGAUUGUAUGGUUUGGAUCCAGUAGCAGAAUAUAUGCUUAUGAUGGAUUUUGUUCCUGUAGAUGAUAAGAGAUAUAGAUACGCAUUUCAUAGUUCAAGCUGGGUGGUCGCUGGUAAAUCGGAUCCUAUAUCACCCCCUAGAGUACAUAUUCAUCCAGACUCACCGGCGUCUGGAGGACAGUGGUUGAAACAAGUUGUGUCAUUCGAUAAACUAAAGUUGACCAACAAUCAAAUGGACGAUAAUGGACAUAUUAUCCUUAAUUCAAUGCAUCGAUACCAACCCAGAUUCCAUGUACUCUACAUUCCAGGAAGAGACGAAGGCUCUUCAAAUUCCACAAACAAUUUUAAAACAUUUAUGUUUCCAGAAACCAAAUUUACAGCUGUCACUGCUUAUCAAAACCACAGGAUAACACAGUUAAAAAUCGCUAGUAAUCCAUUCGCAAAAGGAUUCAGAGACUGCGAGACUGAAGAAUGUGGCCCUAUGUCUAUUGAUAGUGAACCACAAGCCGCCAAUAAUAAAUCGCAAUGCAAAAAAAAUGUCACUGGAAUCCAUAACAACAAUAAUUGCAUUCAGUUCCCAAAUAAAGAAUCAACAGGAAGUUUGGGUGUGAUGGAGAACAUGUACAACAGCGACAGUUCGUCAUCUGCUUCGCCGCCACACAUGCCGGCGCACGGUCAGCACCAAAUGCCUCUGAAUGCGACCACAGCGGCUACCACCGCAACCGUACCGGUCACGCCUUACCUGAGUCAAGUGUGCAAUUACGGGCCAAUAUUCGCGUCGUCUGCAUAUGCACAUCAUAACUACUCACCGUUUCACGGAUAUGACAGAAUACAUCAAAAGAAUUCAAACACCGAGAUAGCGACCGGAUACCACAUGUCUUACCAGCAUCAUUACCACCAUAGACCUUCCACGUUUCACGGAACUCAAAAAACAUCCAAUACAUAUUUGCAAAAUGAUUACGCGCCCAGGUAGAACGCGUUCUCGUCGAAACAGUAACUAAUUAGAGUAAUAUCUAUCCUUAUUAAUGUACAUAUAUUAUGUAUAGGUAUUUGUAAUUAUUAAGUUGUAUAAAAUCAAUUUAGAUGGAAUUAAAAUGUGUAUAUAUAUUCAUAAAUUAUAAAUCGGGAUUGUAUACUUACGUAAAUACGAUAUAGAAAAUUAUAACGUCUAAUACAUUUUAUUUUAAUUACUACAAAAAUGUGUUUAAAACUGUUAAUAAAACAGAAAAGACGCAAAUGACGAUUGUUUGAAAAUGUAAUUAAUAAUAACUAAUAGUUUUAACUACCUACUGUAAAUUAUAGCCUAUAGGUUUAUAACUUUAAGAUUAAGUAAGUUCCAGAUUUCAAACUAUGUAUUUUCUAUCGUGUUAUUAUUAUAAUUAAAUUAUUAGUGUAGUAUAAAUAAUGAUAAUAUAAUAAUGUGAACGUAAUGAUAAUAUUGUAAUAAUAUAAUACUUUAUUUUUGUAA